AUGCAUCCACUCUCGUUUUUCGAAUGGGGUGCGGCCUUGGGCCUGAUGGGCGGGACUUUGGCAGCUCCAGGCCCCCAGGUAUGCGACCCGGCUGAUGGAUCCGCGGUAGUCAUGCUGCAGCCCGUCGAGAUUCUCUGCAAUGGAAAGACUUUAACCUCAACACUCACUCGGACUUACACCAAGUACCCGGCGUCUCAGGCCUCGAGCCAGCCUGGCCAGCCCAAUGCGUCAGGCAUGCCUAAUAUUCCCGGUCGGCCUGGUUACCCCCCUUGUGAUGGUUGUGUUACCGUUACAACUACUGUCGCUUCCACGUUUUACACUACGGUUCCUGGUCCCAAAGGAGGACCCUCAACAGUCAUGGUUGGCGUACUCCCUCCCUGCGCUGACUGUGUCACUAUCACCAAGGAAGGUCCUAGUGCAUAUGUCAGUACUAUCCCUCCUGCUUCCGAAGGUGGCAAGACCACUGUAGUUACCUGUCCUGGGUCUCCUUAUUGUGUUGACUGUGUCACUGUCACCAAAACUGGACCUACUGCGUAUGUCAGUACCAUUCCUCCGACUUCUGAAGGUGGAAAGACCACGGUCGUCACAUGCCCUGGGUCUCAGUGUACCGACUGCGUCACUGUCACCGAGCACGGACCGACUGCCUAUGUCACUACUGUUCCUCCGGCCUCGAGCGGUGGAAGAUCAACGGUGAUCACUUGCCCUGGGCCUACGACCGUCACUGUAACUGGCAAGGUCCCAGCUACAACUCUUAUACCUCCACCAUCUAAAUGCCACUACUGCACGGCGACAGUUAUUAUUCCUCCAGUUGAGUUCACAACCCUCACUGAGACCGGCUCGACACCGGGAACGACAACUAUCCCUCCGUCGCCGGGAUGUACGUUCUGUACCGGCACAGUUAUUGUAACUGAGACCCCUGGCACUAUCGUUACCUUGACUACGACUGGGCUCAAACCGGGGACGGAAACUAUCGUCCCCACCGCCGGGUGUUCCAAGGCAUGCACUACCACAGUCCGACUAACUAAGGUCCCAGCAUCCACUCCAGGAGGGCUGACAACUGUUACAUCAUUUGCUUCCACGACGGGUUUAAUUACACUACCUCACUCUGCUGGUGGUACUACCACUGUGGUUACCUUCGUGCCUACCCCAACUGGAAGAUUGACAACUGUUACUUCUACAGCAUCAACCACUGGCCUUACCACUCUCCCUGCUACUAGCGGUGGCACAACUACAGUCAUCACGCUCAAGACUCCACCACCAUCGGGUGGCUUGACUACACGGACCUUAACUGAUUCGACGACUGGUUUAACAACCCUUCCAGCCACAAGUGGAGGAACUACAACAGUUAUUACCCGGGUCACCCCUCCUGUCACUCUACGUACUACUGUUACUGUUUCCUCCACUUAUUCCCUUACUUCCUCUACUUUUUCCUCUACUACUUCCUCAAGACCCAGUCCUUCCUCAAGCUCAAGUGCUUCCUUAAGCGCUUCCUCAAGCUUAAGUGCUUCCUCAACUGCUCCCUCAAGCUCAGGUGCUUCUUUAACUGCUUCCUCAAGCUUAAGUGCUUCCUCAACUACUCCCUUAAGCUCAAGUGCUUCUUUAACUGCUUCCUCAAGCUUAAGUGCUUCCUUAAGUGCUUCCCUAAGCAUUUCCUUAACUGCUUCCUCAAGCUCAAGUGCUUCCUCAAGCGCUUCGUCAAGCUUGAGUGCUUCGUCAAGCUCAAGUGCUUUCUCAAGCGUUUCGUCAAGCUUGAGUGCUUCCUCAAGCGUUUCGUCAAGCUUGAGUGCUUCCUCAAGCUCAAGUGCUUCCUUAAGUGCUUCAUCGAGUGCUUCUUCUAGUGCUUCCUCUACUACUUCCUCUACUGCUUCCUCUAUUAUUACCUCGACUACUUCCUCUACCAUUUCAUCUACUACUUCCUCUACUGCUUCAUCAAGCAGUACCACAACCCAGUGUGCUCAGCCCACUUGCUCUAACGGUAUAAGACGAGCAACCUACCCGGAACCAUUUGGGGGUAACACCGAAGACUUCAACGAGAGGUUCAACACAACAUAUUACAAGACGAACAGACCUCUGAGUCAACAAAUAGUGACCAGCUUCUCUGACAUCGGUGGUGCGGACGGCAACUUUGUAUCAUUCGAGUAUGCCGCGUUUGUGUAUACGUGUCAGGGCGGAAGCUUCUCUUUCGAGAUCACUAACGCUGAUGAUAUUGCUCUCGCUUGGUUUGGAAACACGGCUUGCGGCGACUUCCAGAAGAGCAACAAUCAAUCGUACGCCAGUUAUAAUGGAGGCCCGGGCAACGUCAAGUUCACUACGACCCUCCAACCUCAAACGUACUACCCCAUUCGACUUAUAUACGCCAAUGCCGCUGGCCCAGCCUCCCUCGGCCUUAACGUGACUGGUCCUGAUGGUCCGAUUUCCGAUGCACUAUUAUAUCCUGUACCGUGCGACAACUCGAAUUCUUUCGAGCCAUUCGGAACGGAAGUCUCGGCAGGAAGGGGAUGCACUAAUCCUUAA